AUGACCGCACUGGCACGCAUUAGAACUACACUGAUUGUAUCAUUGUCUUACCUCGCCCUGGCAAGCAAUGCAUUACAACCGCCUACACCCAUAGAGACUUUAUUGCCCAACAUAACCAUAGCCAGUUGCUGCGUUACUGGUGACGUCCGUAUUCAGAUCGGAGGCGGAGCCACAAUCUGUGGGCUGGAAAUCACUAACGACGUCUACGACUCACGCAUGCUCGCAGUAACCGUUUUAAGAGAAGAUUUCCUCUAUCUGCUAGCAGUAGUGAAUGCUGACAAGUUCGGCGUGGACUUGGCGAGGGGUCACGUUGUCAAACUGUGGAUAGUCGUCUACAAAAACAACACGGCAUUAAAAGUCAUAAUACCUUAUCGUCGGGUUGCUCCAAUUAAUUUAAAUCGGAUUUACCGCUUGCACGUGUUAGUGUGGACUCUGAAUAAUGUUGACGAUAUAAUUCCACCUUAUUCAUUAUCAGAUGAAUCUCUCAUGGACUUACCCACUUUUCUGACUUCGCUCAGAAUGUACAACGCAACCUUGAAAUGCGUUCAUCAUUUGGAUGUCGUCCACCAAUUCGCAAGAACAUCAUCUGGAAAUUUUACCUGUCCUUCUGACUCGACAUUUACUAAUCGACCAACCUGUAUUUCUGAUGAAAAUUUUGAAAUACUGAUUGGCGAAACGGUAGUUUUUUGUGAUGCUGGUAGCCUGCCUAAUGUCAAUGGUUUGAAAAUUAUGAGGAAACCUGGCGAAACAAUAUGUCAACAAAAUCUUUGUCUGAUGGUUGUAACGGAAAAUAAUGGAACAGAGUUCAUAAGGCGCUGGGUCGCCAGUUUUAAUAGGAGCGAUUAUUAUCAAUAUUCAAAAUAUUAUCCACCUACUGAGUCGGGCGAUCAUGUAUUUUAUAUUCAUAUAUUCAGCAUGAAGUUAGGAUAUUUGAGACGCAACCCUGCAGGCAAAAUAUUUCACUGGAGCCUUGAAAAAUUUGUCACUGAAAACGAACUAUGCUCAUCCGCAGUUUUUAAAACCAGUUUACAAUUCAAAAUAUUAUCGGAUGAAGAUUCUGUGAAGGUUAACCACACCAACUCUAGUGACUUAACUACGGAAGCCAACCAACUUACGAACCGAGCUGCAGCAAAUGCAUACGAAGAUGAGCAAGAUGAAGUUCGCCAUUUCACGAUGACCACAGAUAUGUCCGCGAACUUCACUCUGUUGGAAGACAAAUUAUCAAAAUCUAAAAGAAAGGUGAGAAGGACGACGAUAUAUAGAACGCCGUCUAGUGCCUGGUCCCCUGCGAGCAGAUUAUACAUAUUAACAUUUUGCGUUCAGUAUUUUUACUUCAGGGUUAUCAAUGAAAUAUUUUGUACUUAUAGAUUCCAAAGACCAUUCAGUUUUCAAAUCUUUUACUCACACGAACAAAUCGUAGUUGAAUCAAAUAGAAGGUAUCAGUACAAGAAAACAAAAACCUAUGCAUAA